GAUUGAGUCGAGUCUCGGCAGCGUCGCCACCAAGCUCAACUUCUUCAUCCACAACCUGGCUCAGAUGAAGUUCACCUCGUCGGAGGAACGUCUCACGCUGUCGUUUGCUCCCAGAGUUCACACGGCGAAGAGCGACGGCGUCAUCAGGAACCUGUACAUCUGCAGACACAUCCGCACCGCCAACGCCAACAAGGGCUACGCCUUUGUGGUGAAAGUGCAGCGUGACGGACAGGAAGUUCAGCUGGUUCAGAGGACGUUUGAAGAGUUUUAUGAACUUCACAGUAAAAUGAGACUGAUGUUCCCUUCAUCCAGACUGCCCAGUUUCCCAAACCGUUUUGUGAUUGGUCGGUCCAGAGGUGAGGCGAUGGCCGACAGGAGGAAAGACGAGUUGAACGGUUACGUCUGGCAUCUGAUCCACGCCGCUCCAGAGGUGGCCCAGUGUGACCUGGUCUACACUUUCUUCCACCCACUGUCCAGAGACGAGACACCAGGAACAACAACCAUUAAACCAGCAGAGUUGUCCUGGUCUCCAGCCUCAGAGAAAGACUUGGGUGAAGUCAAACUCUCCAUCUCCCACAAGAAUGACAAACUCUUCAUCAUGGUCAUGCACAUACGAGGACUGGUCAGUGUGUGU